AUGGAAAGUGAAGAUCAAAUUGCUCAAGAAAAGCAUGGACGAAGGAUUAGUCUCGAGAAGUCGAUCCUGGUUGAAAGCAUCACACAAGAAUAUGAGAGAUGUUGCUGUAUCCAAUACAAUAUAUUUCCAGAGAAAAUUAAAGCUAGACUACUUGACCCAGAAUCUGAUGAUUACUGAAUAAACGAUUGUCUUGUAAUGGUUUUUAACCUUCCUAAGUAUAUGAAUCUUAUGAAAAAGUUAACAUUUCUACAAUUCUUCAAUGUUAAUAAGGUAGAAUUAUAUCUUAGCAAGAUGAAGAAUUAAGCAUAUUCUGAAUUUUGUAGACUUCUCAUUCCCCAAUAAAACGAAUGAGUUAUAUACUUCUGCCAAUCGUCUAAUGAAGCUGAAUAGAGCUACUUACUUCAACUCAUUUGUCAGGAUAAAUUCCAAAGUGACCCAAAGAGUGUUGUUCAAAUUUUUCUAUCUUAGCCUCUAUCAACUGAAGAGAUUGGUGGCAGCUUACAGACAUGUGAAAAGAUUGGAUCUUUUAUUCUGUAAGCUAUCCAUUCCAACAGUUCCUGAUUUCUCAAAGGUUCUUACAAAUUGCCAGAUUCAGGAAAUAUGUUUAUUGGGCACAGGAGGCAAGUCUUACAGUAAUUGGGGAGAUCAUCCUGAAGAGUUCAAGCACUUAAUACAAGGCUUCUCGACAUCUUUAGAUUUAAGAUUGAGCCUCAGAGAAGUAAGCAUUUUGAAUUGUGAGAUAAAGAAAGAUGAAACUCAGAAAAUCUUUGCUUACAAUCAACUCGAAGGAGUAAAAAUAAAUGGUGGAUCUUAAAUUCCUGAAAGAUUGUUGCUUCUUAUUUUAUUUGAUGAACAUGACAAAUCCUGCCAGAAUUAGGAUUAAGUAAAUUUUUAACUUAUUGUGAGGGCCUAUUAAUUUGAUUUUUAAAAUUGGAAUU